AGAGAUUAACUAAAAGUGGAAUUGCAAUUUGCAUUUCUCUCCUUCUUCUCCUUGUUUCUUCUCUCACCGUCUCAAAGGUUUCGCCGACCACCUUUUGUUUCACGUACUUGUUCUUAAUUCAUUCUUUUGUUUCCCAGAUUAAUUUCUUUUCUCUCUCCUCUUUUCACUCGCAAAACGCUGGUAUUCCUUCAUCGAUCGACGCUUCUUAUUCUCUCUCUCUCCUUUGAAUCAUAAAGUGUCAACUCACUACUGGUACAUUUUUCCAAGGUUGCAACCAUUUAAGUGAAUUUUCGAGGAUAAAUGCCUCUUCCAAAGCUCAAGGCCUCUGGUGCAGUAGAUACAAUGAAGGUGGAUGAUGGAAAUGACUCUUUAGACACAUUCAUCAGACAAGCAAUAGGGAAAGAGCCCUUUCUUUCUUUCUCAAGGGCUAAUGACAGUCCAGUUCAGUGGAUUCAGUUACUUCAUGCCUUGGAUCAGCAAGAUCUGCCAGGAUGGCCUUUGCUCUCUCCAUUGAAGGUUCAAAUGCAGAAAUGUGAGAAGUGCUCUCGUGAAUUUUGUUCAACCAUCAGUUAUCGAAGACAUAUGCGCCUACAUAGGCGGAACUUGAACCUCGAUAAGGAUUCAACUAUGAAAAAUAGGGGCCUGCUGCAAGCUUUUUGGGACAAGCUGUCUCCAGAGGAGGCCAUGGAGAUUAUGUCAUUUAAUGACAUUUCUCUUGAGGGAGUUAGUGGGUCUUCGAUUGUAAAGGCGUUGACUUCAUUCAUUCGGAAGCCUGGAUUCAGUUCUUUACCACAAACUUAUGUAAAAUCUGGCUCUGCACUCCUGGACAUUGUCCAGGGUAGACCUUCCAGGUUCCCGAUAUCAUCACAGGAAUUGUUUGCUAUUUUAGAUGAUGCAAGCGAGAAGACCUUUUUAUGUGCUGGCACAGCUGAAUCAUUACAGAAGUAUGUGUUUGAUGGAGAGGCAGGAAAGAUUGGGCUUGAAAUGAGGAACUUGGUUGCUUGUACUAGCUUCCUUGCUGAGCAGAAAUUGGUGAAGGCAUGCCUUGCUGACAAGGACGCUGAGGCUUUGAGAUAUCAGAAAUUGCUUGUGGAGGAAGAAGAAGCUGCUCAAAAGAGACAAGCAGCUAUUUUGGAAAAGAAAAGACAGAAGAAACUUAGGCAAAAGGAGCAAAGGGCAAAGGAGCAAGGCAGUGCAGAAACAGAUGAUUCUCCGGAAGACAGUUACCCUUCUCCACCAACCUCUAGUGCUGUUGACACCCCUGACUAUAUUCUAGAAGUGCCAGAAGUUCCUCACACGUCUGUUUUAUCUUCUGAGUCUUUUCAAAUGAUUGAUGUUGAAGCAGAUCGUGCCAAGAGUUAUGAACAUGAAUAUUUAGAUUUAGAUUCUUCUCAUAAUGUAUAUCCUGAUAUGGAUUCUUACCAAAAUGUUGAGAAUAGAACAUUGCAUCGAAGUGGUCGAAGACACACAGCUAACUCUCGUUGGCAAGCACCAAAAUUGCAGAGAACCUCUAAUGGAUUUCAUACCAGUCACAAUUACCAGGCACCAAAGCUUGGAGCAGCACAAAAGCAUGCCUCUUCCAGGGAUUCCCGAGUUGCUACCAAUGGCAUUAAAGUGUGGACUCCAAAACCAAAAUCAGACACUGAUGAAGAGAGUUACAGAACUAGGUUACAGAUUGAAGCACCAAAUGUACAGGACAAAAAGCAUGAAGUUCUAAUUGGUUCUAUAUCUGUUACACUUGGAAAUUGCAGUAACCUGCAGCACGACGAAGAUCUUGGUCAUGCUCCGCUGAGAAGUGCUUUGGAGCUUUCCACAACAGAUAUAGAUGGAAUUCAUGAGAGGCCUGUCAAACCUGAGGCAGCUCAGAGUACUGCAAAUCGCUCAACUGUCAAGCUCUGGAGACCUGUUAGUCGAAAUGAUAAUGGUGGUCAGCCCCCCAGUCAGAACGGGGUUGAUGCUUGUGAAGUUGGUGACACUCGCAAUAACAGUGAUGAGGUCCAGCAGACAUGUGAAGCGCAGACUUGCUCUAACUUCCAUGAAGAAAAUCAUGCUUCUGGGGAAGGUGGACUUCAGAGAGACUCAGGGUUCUCCAGCCAUGUGGCAGAAGCUUUUCUUGCAAAGAGGUGGAAGGAGGCUAUUGCAUCAUACCAUGUGAAACUUGUGUUACCUGACGCUAGACCUCCAGAAUGCCCCCAGGUACAUUGUAAUAGCCAAGAAACUUUAUACUCGUCCAAGUUGGAGCGGCGUGGCAUCCUUCACAGUGCAGAGAACCGUUUGGAGAGCUACACAAACCUUGAACUUUCAGCGGCUGUGAAAUCAAAGACCAGAGCUAAGCCAGAGAAGGGCAGUAAGGUGAAGUACAUCCCAAAACAAAGAAGUGCUUAUUGAAACUCAUGGGAAUUUAUAGGUGGUAUAGCAAAUGUGCAGUUUUUCAUCUACUAUAUCUUACAUUCUUAGCAGAGGUUCCAAUUUUAACAGCAGGUCUUCUGUCCGUAAAAUUUUGAGGGAAGUGAUUAUUUGGUAGUAAUCUUUUUUAUUUUCUGGUCACAGGAUGCAGUGAGUUCUUUUUUUUUUUUUAAUUUCUUUUUGCCUUCAAUAGGUUGAAAUUUUCUCAUGUAAUAAAUUGGUUUUUUAGUGUUAUUGCUGAUUUUACCCUCUGGCUUUUGGCUGGCAACAUAAGGUUUUACUCUUCUCUUGUA